AUGAGGCAGAAUCACAUCAGUCGAACCCCUCCUGAGAUCCCGGGGAGGAGGGAUAGGAGGAAUUCCAACCUCUAUUGUGCCUACCACCGAGAUGUUGGGUACGAGACCGAAGAUUGCAAUGAUUUGAAACGAGAAAUUGAGAACCUCAUCCGCCAAGGAUACUUGAAGCAGUUUGUCCGCAAGGAUGGAACUUUCAACCGAAGCGCCUCCCACCGGGAGAGCCGAGGUCCCCGCCGAGAAGACAGGCGGGACACAAAACUUCAAUGCCGAGGUCCCGAGGACUGUAAGGAAGAAAAGAGGCCUCCACGCGACGGAUCGCCAGGCUACGACCCAAACAUCGCCAGGGUGAUCAACACGAUCGCGGGUGGCCCAACGGGGGGAGACAGCCAGAACUCCCGGAAACGGACAUACCACCAGGCCGGCAUGGAAGCGGCCGAGCCGAGCUCCCGGUUAUCCGACGUGAUCACCUACGGUCCCAGCGACCCUGUCCCCGCCGCCUCCAGCAAUCACGAUAUCCUCGUGAUUGAGGUCCUCACUAAUAACUAUAUAGUCAAAAAGGUUUAUGUCGAUCCCGGAAGCUCGGUAGACAUCUUGUACUACCGCACUUUCGAGAGUUUAAAACUGACCAGAGAGCAACUCACUCCUGUCAGAACCCCUCUUGUCGGUUUCGGGGGAUACGUCGUCCACUUGGAGGGCAUGGUGACCCUGAUGGUAACUAUCGGGCGUCAUCCACGCUGCCGAACUGUGCCUAUCAGUUUUACGGUGGUCAAAGCAGACUCUCCCUACAACAUGCUGAUAGGCCGGCCCACGCUCAACGCCUUGAGAGCCGUAUAUUCCACCUACCACCUGAGUUUUAAAUUCCCAACAGCUGCGGGGAUGGCCGAGGUGAGCAGCGACGUGGGCGCCGCCGGGGAAUGCUACCUGGCCACCAUUCAAGCAGCAGUCAUACCCCGACCCUCGCCAAGGUCAGAAGAAAAGAGACCAGCGGUCCUCUCCAUAGACUGCAUCGACCCUCAGAAAGCAGGAGAACCCAACAGGUUUGAGCCCGGGGAUGAGGUGGAACAAGUGGUUUUGGAUAAAGCGAAACCUGACCAAAUAGUCCAAAUAGGGACCAGACUCCCCUCACCCCUGAAAGAAGAAAUGAUCUCCCUGAUCAAGGACCACCGAGACGUUUUCGCGUGGUCCGCAGAUGAAGUGGUCGGAGUGCCACCCGAUCUCAUGAUUCACCAACUCAACGUUAACCCACAGGCUCGACCUGUGCGGCAGAAACGAAAGCAUUUCGGCCCCGAACGUAGCAAGGCCAUAUCGGAUGAGGUCGACAAGCUCUUGUCGGCCAAGAUGAUUCACGAAGUCCAAUACCCCACCUGUCUGUCCAAUCCAGUCAUGGUCAAAAAGGACACCGGUGGAUGGAGAAUGUGCGUGGAUUUCACCGACCUCAACAAGGUAUGCUCCAAAGACUGCUACCCUCUACCGAGGAUAGACGCCCUCGUCGACUCGGCAAUGGGACAUGAGAUCCUCUGCUUCCUAGAUGCCUUCAAAGGAUAUCAUCAAAUAGGAAUGAGUGAAGAGAACCAAGAGAAGACGGCGUUCUACACCAACCAAGGUGUUUAUUGUUAUACUACCAUGCCGUUCGGCAUAAAGAACGCCGGAGCGACCUACCAAACGCUGAUCAACCGACUCUUCAAAAAUCAGAUCGGCCGCAAUGCGGAGGCCUAUGUGUACGACAUUCUCGUCAAAAGCCUCACCACUUCAGCCUUUCUGUCGGACGUAAGGGAGGUCUUUGGUGUCCUACGGGACUCAAGGAUGAAGCUCAAUCCCAAGAAGUGCGUCUUCGGCGUCAUCUCGAAAAAAUUCUUGGGGUAUCUGGUUUCCCACCGGGGAAUCGAGGCCAACCCCGACAAGGUCAAGGCCAUUCAGGACAUGUCCCCACCUCGGAACAUCCGAGAAGUCCAAAGGCUGAAUGGACGCCUGGCCGCGCUGAAUCGCUUCUUGUCCCAGUCUGCUGAGAAAACUCUGCCCUUCUUUAAGGUGCUAAAAAAGGCUGAUCAGUUUACCUGGACUGAGGAGUGCCAGGCUACCUUCAACAAGCUAAAGCACGCUGUUCUUAUCCGGGAUGAGGGCACUCAAGUACCAGUCUACUACGUCAGCCGAGCUCUCCGCGGGCCGGAGACUCGAUACACUCAGGUGGAAAAACUGGUGCUGGGACUAGUCCACGCAACUCGGCGAUUGAAGGCCUACUUCCUUGCUCAUCCCAUCUCCGUCAAGACCGACCAGCCCAUUCGGCAGAUAUUGGUGCGACCCGAGACUUCCGGUCGCCUCACCAAGUGGGCUGUCGAAUUGGGAGAGUAUGACUUGUCAUAUGAGCCCCGCACCGCCAUAAAAGUACAAGACUUAGCCGACUUCCUUGCCGAACUCACCUUCACGGAAGGUUCGGAAUCCACCUUCGCCUUGGCCGAGGUGUCCACCCCAUUCCUGUGGACAUUGUAUGUAGAUGGAUCCUCUAAUGGAGAGGGCAGCGGAGCUGAAUUGCUCCUGGAGGGCCCCUAG